AUGUCAUCGAGCAUGGACACACCACAAACCAACCCCUCACGCCUUCAACCAGGCCAAUUCCCUCCUCCCCUAACCUUUCCUCCUCUCUCAUCCCACGCCCUCACAAUUGUCAUCCUCCACGGCCGAGGCUUCAACGCCCAAAAGUUCCAUGGUCCCCUCCUCUCUUCCAUAUCUGCAGAGCCAUCAACCACCCUCCGAGAAUCCCUCUCCCACGCCCGCCUCAUCUUCCCCACAGCACCACUAGCCCGGGCGACAAAGUACCGCCGGUCUCUCAUCCAUCAGUGGUACGAGGGCACCGGCGAUUGGGAGCCUGAGACACGUGGUGAAAUGCGUCCCAGUGUGGAGCAUAUCCACGGGAUACUAAGAGAUGAGAUCGAGAAGCUAGGGGGCGACUCUCGAAAAGUCGCGUUAAUGGGGUUUAGCCAAGGCGGUGCCAUGACCUUGGUAAGUUCGUUGCUCUGGGAGGGAGCCCCGUUGGGUGCCGUUGUGGUUAUGAGCGGCUUUAUGCCAUUGGCUGAUGCUAUGAUGGAUAUAUUGGAUGAAGACACCAAGUCUGAGGAAUCGGCAGAUGACAUGUUUGAAAGAGACACCGAGGAAGAAGAGACAACACCGUUACAGCGUGCCAUUGGCGAGCUACGACAAGAGGCUGAGCUUGAUUCUGCACCACCAGCAACAUCACAUCCCUUCUUGUCUACCCCUGUAUUCAUAGGCCAUGGUCAAAAGGAUGAAGAUGUCGAGUACAAGCAUGGGCAGCGAGCUGCGGAGCUUCUGGAGCGAACGGGAGUAUUUGUUGAGUUCAGUACCUACCCAGACCUGGCUCACUGGUACAACUCCGACAUGUUGCGAGAUAUAGUCCAGUUUCUUGACAAUCACUUGGGGUUGUAA